GAGCACUUUCUGUGUUAGAGAAUCAAUAUAGUUUUUAAUGUCAUUUGAUGUUCUAAACUCAAAACAAAAGGAGUUAACAUUGUAGUAUAAAUAAAAUGGCCAAUACGCUGGCUAACGUGCCUGUGUCAAAAAUUAUAAAGAACAAGAGUAACUUUGAAGAUGAGCCGAGAAAAAAGAGUAGGGAAGACUGGAGAAAAGCAAAGGAAUUGGAAGAAGCAAGAAAAGCUGGCACAGCACCGGCUGCAGUAGACGAAGAAGGCAAAGAUAUCAAUCCACACAUUCCACAAUACAUUAGUGCCACACCAUGGUAUUUUGGAGCACAGGGACCCACUUUGAAACACCAAAGGCCGCAGCCUGAGAAACAGAAACAAUUCAGCGAUAUCGAUGAAUGGUACAGGCGUGGUGUAGAUUCUUCGAAAGUAGCGACCAAGUAUCGCAAAGGAGCAUGUGAUAAUUGCGGGGCAAUGACCCAUAAGAAGAAGGAAUGUAUGGAACGACCACGUAAAAUAGGUGCAAAGUAUACGAAUGCCAAUAUAGCACCGGAUGAAUUCACACAACCAGACUUAUCAAUGGAUUAUGAUGGGAAGAGGGAUAGGUGGGCUGGUUAUGAUCCUUCUCAGCACAGAGCCAUCGUCGAGGAGAACGAUCCUAAGACGAGAUCCAUGCGAGACAAUCCUUACGCUGGUACAGAGCGAGAAGUGGACUAUAAAGGCGAGAAUUUUGCACGGUUCUCGGGAGAUACGCAACAACACGCGAACGCUCAGUUAUUUGCGUGGGAGGCACACGAACGGGGUGUUGACGUUCACUUACUCGCCGAGCCCACGAAACUGGAAUUGCUUAAGCAAGAAUACGAUAAAAAACGCGACGAACUGAAGGACAAAGCUCGCGGAAGCAUAAUCAACCGAUACGGAGGUGAAGAACAUCUCGACGCUCCUCCGCCUUCUCUUUUGUUGGCGCAAACAGAACAAUACGUUGAAUACUCUAGAUAUGGAAAGAUCAUUAAAGGGCAAGACAGACAAGUGAUCAGAUCGAAAUACGAGGAGGACGUCUAUCCGAAUAAUCACACUUGCGUUUGGGGAUCCUACUGGCAGGCCGGCAAAUGGGGAUACAAAUGUUGUCAUUCGUUUGUGAAAAAUUCGUACUGUACGGGUAACGCGGGUAAGAAGGCAGCCGAGGCAGCGGUUGCCGAAAUCAAAAGAGCAGCGAGCGAGGAGGAAGACAAGUCCGACGAGGAGGAGAAGGCGCAUUCGUCCGAUGAAGGAUCAUCGAGCAGCGAUAGUUGUUCUGACGAGCAAGAGCAAGUGUCGCGAACGAUAAAGAAAUCUAAAGCCAGCAAGAGACGAGAAAAGAAACAGAAGCAAAAGGAGAAACGAAAAAAUAAGAAGAAAGCUAAACAGGAACAGGACAAGCUGCAGCAGGCGUUGCACAAGGAGGAGGAGAGGCGGAAGGAAGCGGAGAGAUUGCUGCAAAUAGACGAGCGAAAACGACCGUACAAUAGUAUGUACGAAGCGAAAGAACCGUCGGCCGAAGAGAUCGAAGCCUUCCAAAUGAAGCGAAUGCGUGAAGAAGACCCUAUGGCAGAAUUCCUCGCUAAAUAGUUUUUGUAGAUCCUUUUAAUCCAUACCGAGUGUGCAUAGGUAGAUUUGUAUAUUUAACUGAAGGAAACUCUUCGACUCUAUCUAUUUUAUGUAAAAAGAGAGAAAAAUGUAUAUCUUACGUAUUAAAUAGUUGAUCAUUGUAAAGGAGCGUUAAUAAAAUUUGCGAGUACACCCAUA